CCUGUGUAUGGCUGAAAUCCAAUUGCAGUGAGCGUAGAGAAUCCAAUAGGAAAAUAUCAAAAUAUUUUCGCGUUAGCAUGGACUUAUUAGCAGUGAAAUGCAGUGAAUUAAUGAAAUAAAAAUUAACCUAUUCAACUGUUGAAACGCAAAUGAUUGAACGCGCUUUUGUGUGGCAGUAAAAUUUGUUUAUGCAAGCAUAAAGUUUAGUGUGUAUAAAGAUUGAAAAAUACCAUAUUUGGUCACGCUUAGAAAAUCCACAAAUUGUGAAAAUAACCUGAGCGGCUGGAAAAGCAGUAGUUACAAUUUUAUUACUGUGUUACAAAUAAAAAACCGGCCAGAAAAAAUGAAAAGUAAUUGAAGUUUGCAAACAUUAUUGGAAACAAAACAAAAAUCAUAAAAGUGAUUAUAGUUUGAAAACGAAAUAUUUAUCUGAUAUAUAUACAUAUUUUGGCAAAUUGUGUUUUUAUUUUGACGUGUAUUUUAUAUGUGCAUUGUUUGUGUGUGUCAAUUUCUCAACAAUUGAAUUAUCUUUUUUCUUUACGGGAGCGUGUCGCAGGCGAAAAUUUCUAUACAAAUUUAAAUACCAAUUUUGCGAAUGUUAAAUGGAACUUGUAGAUAUCCAUAGACAUAACUACAAGAAUUUAUUUGCAUUUGUAGAAAUUUCCUUAUUGGCAACAACUCGUUGGAAACGUUCACAAUUAAUAUAAUUGGCUGCCUGUGCAACUAUUUGAACUGUGUCUUCAUUUUGGUGUACGAAAAUUCCUUUAUUCAUUCCGGCAUUUCGGUAUAAACAACUUUAAACGUACGUGUAUUUUAUUGCCGUGAUCGUGUCGUGGUUGCUCUAUUUCAAGCGUUUGCCAUAUCGCAAACACAACAGUGACUAAUUGACAUUUAAUCGUGCUGCAGUUUUGUUUUGUGGAAAAAUUGUUGCUGCAUUUCGUUUAGCGCAACUAAAGGCUUGUGUUAUCUUCAUUUGCACUCUUGCCGUGUAACAAAUAUAUUUGGUGUUUUCAUAGUUCCUGGAGUGUUUUUAUUAUUACCAAACACGUUGUAUCCGUCGUAGACGUCACAUUCACAAUAAUGGCUGACUUUGAUCUAAAUGUGGAUAGUUUAAUACAGCGGCUACUUGAGCUGCGCAGCUGUCGUGCCGGCAAAUCCGUACAAAUGUCAGAAGCCGAAGUACGCGGCCUUUGCUUGAAGUCACGUGAAAUUUUUCUACAACAACCCAUACUGCUGGAACUCGAGGCACCGCUGAUCAUAUGUGGCGACAUACACGGUCAAUAUACAGAUUUAUUGCGUCUGUUCGAAUAUGGUGGCUUUCCGCCAGCCGCUAAUUAUUUAUUCCUUGGCGAUUAUGUGGAUCGGGGUAAACAAUCGUUGGAGACCAUCUGCCUGCUCUUGGCGUAUAAAAUCAAAUAUCCCGAGAAUUUCUUCUUGCUGCGCGGCAAUCACGAGUGCGCCAGUAUUAAUCGAAUCUAUGGCUUUUACGACGAGUGCAAACGCCGCUACAAUGUGAAAUUGUGGAAAACCUUCACAGACUGCUUCAAUUGCCUACCUGUUGCCGCUAUUAUUGAUGAGAAGAUCUUCUGUUGUCACGGUGGUCUGAGUCCCGAUUUGCAGGGCAUGGAACAGAUACGUCGCCUUAUGCGUCCAACAGAUGUACCCGAUACCGGCCUUUUGUGCGAUUUGCUGUGGAGUGAUCCGGACAAGGAUGUGCAAGGUUGGGGCGAGAAUGAUCGUGGUGUAAGCUUCACAUUCGGUGUGGAUGUGGUGUCGAAGUUCUUGCAUCGGCACGAGUUGGAUCUCAUUUGUCGAGCGCAUCAAGUCGUUGAAGACGGCUACGAAUUCUUUGCUCGCCGCCAACUGGUUACGCUCUUCUCGGCGCCAAAUUACUGUGGCGAAUUCGACAAUGCAGGCGGCAUGAUGACUGUGGACGAUACGUUAAUGUGCUCGUUCCAGAUUCUCAAACCGUCGGAGAAGAAGGCGAAAUACUUGUACAGCGGCAUGAAUUCGUCACGACCCAAUACACCACAACGCAAUGCACCGCUAAUAGCAUCGAAUAAAAAGGGCAAAUAAUAUAUCCAUCCACUUCCAUUUCCUUAAAAAUUAAUUAAUUACUAUAUUAAAUUAAAAUUCGAGAAUAUUAAUGAGAAUGCAAAUAAACAACAACAACAACAAGAUAAACAAUGUAAUAAAAAUAAUAAAAAGAAAAAGCAAACGAAGCGCGCUAGCAGCAAGUAAGGACGAUAAAAUGUAAAAUGAAAAUUGAAAAAAUCCAAAAAAAAAAA